ACAAACAGUAUAACUAACGUCACAAUCGAAGUAAUUCGAGAAGAUAAUUCGUUUCCGCUGCUGACAAGUGAUUUGUGACGUCACAAUGCAGAAUGUGAUGUCAUAGUAGGGUUUGCUGAGUAAGGUUAGAAUUGCAUCGUCAUCUGACGUCACAAAUGCUUAACAAUUCUCUCGGUAAAUAAUGAUUGUGACGUCACUGAUAUGGAUUGUGACGUGGAUUACCAUAGCACCGAUGACGUCACCGAAACCUUUACAAAGGCUCUGCACAGGUACUGAUGUUGUGGAUAUAUUGGCUUUAUCUUUAAGUGAACAUCCUGACCUCCCAACCGGUGUGGAGAUAUUUAAGGAGGGAGGAGUCACAGGGUACAGGUUUGACCCCGAAGCAAGGUUACUCGGGGUCAACGCCGACGUCAUCAUGACGUCAUGCAAUUUCUUCCCGCGCGAAUUUUCAUUGGUCGUGACGUUCCGUCGGGAAAUUCCCAGGAGCGAGAAUGAAUACUUGAUGACGUUGGUGGGGCAGGACCGGCACACGGUGUUGGUUGGAUUAAGAUUGCAAAGAAAUUCGUUAAACUUUGAGUUAGUUGGUCGAAGUUUGGGUGAACGUCGUAAUGUUAGAUACGAAGAUGCGAGGUUCAACGACGGGGAGUGGCACACAGUGGUGAUGGCAGUAGCGGGGUCAAAAGUCAAGUUCACAAUAGACUGUAUGACGUCAUCUACAAGCGGAUUAAUUUUUCCGCAAAGAAUGUCCACCAGAGGCGCUAGACUUCACAUCGCGAGUCGAAGAAAAAAACGCGGGAGAUUUACAGGAGUGCUUCGACAAUUGAAGUUCAUCGCGGGAAGUGACGUUACACGCCAUCUUUGUCCUACGUCAUCACACACGUCAUAUCCGGAUUGGUUCGGAGUUCAAGUUUACACGAGCAAAAAAGCAACAACGAAAGUGGUCGUAGAUGAUGACAUCACGAUGACGUGUACAUCGGAUAACAAAGGACAAUUAAUGUACCGGAAGCAGGAUGGUGACGUCACAAUGUGUCAAGAAGACAAAUGGAUGACAAUCGCUUCGACACAGCCGAAGCUUGAUUACGUCAUUGAGCAUGGGUCAUUGUUAACGAAAAGUAAAACGCUCGACAUCGAAGUUUUUGAGGUAGCAGGGGAGGGAACGUUUCUCGCUGCAGCCAAUCAGGGACGAGAUCGGAACAUGGCGUCGACGAUUUAUAAGUGGGAGAGCGACACCAAGCGGUUUGUGGCGUACCAAGAUAUCGCCACUGAAACAGCGCGUCACUUCGAAUUCUUUACAAUCGAAAGCGAGCAAUUCCUCGCUGUAGCGAACCACGAGGUUGGGAAUUCCCCGACAGCAGUGAGCGCCAUCUACCGGUGGAACCACAAACGCCGAAGAUUCGUUCCGCAUCAGUUCAUUCGAACUUUCGCCGCAAGAAAUUGGGAAAGUUUUCAAGUCGAUGGUAAAUUUUACCUCGUGGUGGCGAAUUACGCAGGAGACAAUGGACAGAAAGAGACGAGUUGGGUUUACAUGUGGAAUCCAGAUCAUCGCGCGUUUAUUAAAUACCAGGCGCUCCAAACAAUCGGCGCUUAUGACGUAGAACAUUUUCAAAUCGGAGCCGACCAUUAUCUCGCUGUAGCGAAUUCGUUUAAUGGCGUCAAAACGAAGCUCGAUAGCGUCAUCUACCGGUGGCGACAUUCCAACUUCGUUCCUUUCCAAUAUAUUGAGACUUUUGGUGCCACUGAUUGGGAAUAUUUCGUCAUAUCCGGUCGCCACUUUAUCGCUGUAGCGAAUUAUUACGACAACAGUCCAGAUCGGGUCACCUACGUCAUAAACAGCUUUAUUUUCGAGUUUCAAGAAGAAAUAAAUCAAUUCGUGAAAAUCCAAGAAAUUCCAACCCAGGGCGCCCGUGACAUCGAAGUGUUCGAAGUGGGUUCGGAUUCGUUCCUCGUUUCGGCCUCGGCUUCGGACGAACACCGAAACCAUAAGAGCGUCAUCUACCGGUGGCAAGGUAUGGAACACUUCGUUCCCGUUCACACCGUUCCAAUCGGUCCAUGUGCAGAUUGGGAAGCUUUCCGCACCAGUCGGGGUGAAUAUUACCUCGUGUCUGCAAACGUCAUAUCAAGGACUAGCGCCAUCAUGCGGAUGUUAACUUAUUGAACAACUUACCACGGGACGGAGCCGUCCGGAGUGAUGACGUCACCGUGACGUAAUUAUUUAUUCUUUUGCUUGCCAUGUCAUGUUCCGCAUGAAUUAUCAGCAUACCCAAUAAUCAGCAUUGUUACAAAACACUGUAAAACAAAAUUUUUAUCGAACCCAGAUCGAUGAAGUUUCACCAUUUGUUGCUCAGGUAUUUCGUUGUUUGUUGAAUUAAAAAUAUUUUCAGCUGUUACAUCACAA